AGGGUCAUGUUUACUUAACCCAAGCGGUUGAGCAAGGUCUUGUCGGACAUUUUGUCAGCCAUUUGUAAAUCACUCAGCUCGCGUUCGUAUUGCUGCAUGCUGUGUUCAGAAUUGUGCAAUGUGAAUAUUGUGUAUUUCUUUGUUUAGCCUGCGCCUAGUUGUAAUAAAUUACACGUAUCGUGAGAGUCGAGUUGUGUCCGUGCUAUGGCUAAUGCAAGUCUCCGAAUACCCGAUCUUAUCAUUGUAAAGUAGUACAGUAUAACAGAAUGCGUCUUGUCUCUACAUCAGUUUAUUACAGAAUGCCGAACAAGUGGUUGACAAUAAGGGAAUUUUGCAGGUGCUAUGUUGAUGGCAAUGUACCUGAACGGUCUCGCGGACGAAGAGACCGUUCCACUGACUAGAGCCAUGAUGAAGUCUGGCGAUGUACUGGGUCCAUGGCCGCAGGAAUGGAGUGGGAAGGUGGUCGAUAAACAUAGUACAGGCGGCGUGGGUGACAAAAUCAGCUUAAUUCUGGCGCCUGCUCUGGCUGCCUGUGGAAUGAAAGUGCCUAUGGUCUCGGGACGCGGCCUCGGGCAUACAGGAGGAACGUUGGAUAAACUGGAAUCCAUUGAGGGGGUGUCUGUUUCAGCGUCCAAAGACAAAAUGCAGCAGAUUUUGACGGAGGUCGGUUGUUGUAUUGUAGGACAAACUGAAAAGCUGGUUCCAGCCGACAAGAAAAUGUACGCAAUUCGUGACGUCACAGGAACAGUUGAAAACAUAGGACUAAUAGCAGGUUCAAUAAUUUCUAAGAAGGCAGCAGAGCAGCUGAAUGCCCUGGUUCUGGAUGUUAAGUUUGGUACAGGGGCUGUUAUGGUGGAUGAAAGAAAAGCCAGAGAACUGGCAAACAAAAUGGUUACCAUAGGAAACGGACUAGGGGUGAAGACAGUUGCCUUGAUGACGGAUAUGAAUAAUCCGAUUGGGAAAAUGAUCGGCAAUGCACUGGAAAUAGCCGAAUCACUUAACUGUCUCCAUGGAAACGGACCUACUGAUUUAGAGGAUCUCGUACUUCAGCUCGGUGGACAGCUGUUAUUUGUCAGCGGUAACGCAACAUCCACAGAAGAAGGCCAGAGGAAACUCAAGGAAACAUUAACUAAUGGACAGGCAGCUAAGAAAUUCGAACAAAUGAUUAUUGCUCAGGGAGCGGAUUCAGAAAAAGCCAAAGCUCUCUGUGUGAAGGGAAGUGACGUGUGGAAAAUCCUUCCACGAGCCAAUUUUAUAACACCAGUCAAAAGCAAACAGUCAGGUUUUGUUAACGCUAUAAACUCGCGCACCUGCGCCGAAUGCUCUUUGAAACUUGGGGCAGGACGCCAAGCUAGUAGUGACCAAAUCAAUUUUGCUGUUGGUCUGGAAAUGUGUGUGGACAUCGGCACCAGUAUCAAGGAAGGUGACGAUUGGAUAAGGGUUCAUCAUGAUUGUGACGUCAUUCCUGACGACAUAAAGGAGCGUUUGAAUAAUGCUAUAGAUGUGACACCCUCCCCUCCAAAGACAAUCCUUACAACCCGUGUCAAGGAUAUCAUAUCAUAAAAACUGUGGACAGAACGUGUGAAAAUGUUCAGCAUAGAAAACAUGCAGUUAAGCAGUGUGCCUUUACAUGACUCAAUUAAAAUUGCCAAAUGAUUAUAGAUCAAUUUACAUAGUA